AUGACGCUGCCAGCGACUAAGUCCGGGCGAACGUGGGGACUUGUGAAAAACAGCGGUCGGCGGCAGCGGCUGGCACGCGUGCGACUCGCGUCGCGGCUCCCGAUUAGCCGUGGCGCGCAACUUCUGCCUUUUUCAAAGGUUCACGUGCACCGUACGGCGAGUGUGUUCGCCCAAAAACGACGUUUUUUGCGCCGAUUAAUCGGUUUUUCUGGAUUUUUGUGCCGUCUCAGCGGAGGGCGGACGCUCGGAACAUGUCGCACAACUAGGCGGCGGCUCGGCAAACGCUUUUUCAGUGUUCCUUUUGCAGGUUUCGUUCAAUUUUCUGCUUUUUGUUAAAAUUUUGAUAAAUUUCAAUUUUUUCCACUAUUAUAAACAUUUUACUGUUGAGAAUGUUGUCUUAGGAUGAUUCACUGAGGUAUUAUCGCUUGAUGGGUAUUUUUCGAUUUUUUUUUUCCGAAAUGAAAGCUUUCAAGUUUUACUUUUCUUUAAUUUACGUUUGCUUGAAAUUUUUUGCUUCAGUCUUUUUUUUUAUGAAUUUUACGGGGUCUUUUAGAAAUUUAGAAGUGUUGCAUGACUUGAAAUAACACGGAGAAUGGCUUUUUGUCACGCUACUGUUAUAAAGUUUGUUGUUUCUUCUUUGAACGCUUUACGGGAAUUACACUUACGUGAGACUUUUAUAAACGCUUUAAAGCAAUAUCAAACUGUCCAAAUAUGUAAAGAGAAAGAAGAGCAUUUCAUUUUGCGCUUUGUGCUUGUAAAAGUUCAGUUUCCUUAAGUUUUCACGAUAUACACUGUUUCACCAAGCAGUUUUCAGAUCAAAAAAUUAUCGUAAGAUGUCCGCUUCUUCGCUGGAGACGUCCUCAAAAAAUGGGUACCGUGGAUUGAACAUGGAGCACGGUUUCAUCAAGCAUAUCGUUAAAAAUCAAAUUUCUAGGUUUUUUUUUCCAAUUAUGUUUCUUUAAAAUCCUGAACUACAGAGACGAAUAUCAUAAAGUGAACGAAGAAAAAGUGAAGAACAGACAGGAAAAGUUUCGCGAGGAGGGCAGAGGUUUUUUUGGUGUUUUCAGUGAAAAAUGACGAAUUUAUUUCCAGUGAAAGACCGUAAAUCGAACCCAACGGUGGGGACCCCUUAUGUGCCGCCACAUCUUCGCAACUCUUGGUCGGGAUCAAGAUCCAGUUCUUCAGCUUCGGCAGAAAGUAGUGGGAAAAUCAAUGAAAAAUAAGGGAAAAUGAAAUUUUUUAGGAAACGUUUACGUUCCGCCGCACCUUCGCAGCCCGGUAACGUCGUCAAAAACCGAUUUUGUGGCGGAUGAAAGUACCGAGGAGGAAUCGAAAGAGUCGAGUUUUGUCAAAAAGGUUUGAGAAAGUGACUCGAAAAGAAGUAUUUUUUGAAUAUAGCUUUAAGAUUUUUUAAACUCAUUUUUCAUGGUUAUCGUCUUUUUUUCAGCUUUGUAUACAUUUUUGAAAUCUUUUUCUAACCUGUCUUCCCAUGUCUUUUUUUUAGAAAACUUCUUUUUUUGUGUUUUUGAUCGAAAAAUGAAUGAAAGGGCUCAAUUUCACGUCGAAUUUUUAUAUUUAUAAUUUUUCGCUGAACAAUUUUAGAUAUAACCCUUUUUAAAAAUUCUUUUGUUUCAGUGGGAUUUUCCAAAAAAUAAGGAAGAAACCCCUCUUAAGUUCCUUAUAACCUCAAAAUCCAAGUGGAAAGGAAAUUUCCAGAGCCCAAUCCUCACCGAAUCAGAGGAAAUCAAGUUGCGGAGCAAGGUGAGUUAAUAAAAAAACAUAAUCAAUGAAUUAAUAAAGGUUCGAAGUCGGGAAAUGUCGCGAAUGAUGGGAAUGGACGAGUUGACCGUCUCGCUCAAAAACGCGUCUCUAAGCGAUACAAAUUCCGCCCAAGAUUUUGUCGUUUUCCAACUUGGCCUGAAAGUUGGCGACACGACCGUUUCCAUAGAAGUCAAAAAGGUUUUUUCUUCUUAUUUUUCUUGGUGCUGAUCAGAAUUUAGUUUGUUUUGAAAUCAACUCGCGGAAUGCUCAAAAAUUAAUUUUGAAACUAAUCUUUUUGCAUUUAUUGAUUUUUCGAUUUUUUUAACGAUUUGCAGUAAUUAAUCUUUCGAGAUUUCAUUUGGUUUGAGCUCAAAUGAAAAAAAGAUUUUGAAUAACGUUAAAUUUUUUUCAAAAAAAUUGAAAUAGUUCCGAAAAAAACCUAAUACAACUACAUCAAACGCUUAGAUUGAUUUUUUUAGAGAGCCAGAAUUUUUUUAUUUCCUACAGAUUUUUUUCAUUUUUUUCUUCUUAAAAAAAGGUACUGUCUGUUUUUAAAGGCGGAGAAGUCUUUUUAUAUCUCAAAAAAAUCAGCUUUUUCGUUUUUCAAAUUCCAUUGGUUAUUGCAUUUCUGCAAAAAGUUUUUUUGUUAGUUUUCGUAAAGAAUGGUUUUCAAUUGGUGUUUCUCGUUUACGUAGAGCUAUUUUAAUGUUAUUUUUAGACAAUUUGGCCCUUCUGCGCCUUUAAAACCAGGAAAAUGCUUUUUUUUUUUUGAACAAAAAGUACUUUUUAAAUAUUCUUCAUUCAUUUUUGAACAAUUCAGUAGUAUUUUUGAGUUCACAAUUUAAAAACCAAUAAUUUUGCAGUCCGACAGUGCCGCCCGACUUUCGAAAGCCCUGUCCAGGGAGCACGAUUUCACCGACGCCCAAUGUCGAUCUUUGCGAAUUUUCAUCGACCAACAAAUGGCGCAAAGAUUGGAAAAAGCCCGGAAAAGAGCCCAAGAAAUGGAAGAGAAAAAAGACCAAGUCUUCGAGCCGGAAAAGGCCCCAGAAUCGAGCGACGACCCGAAAUCUUCCUAA